UGCUUCGUCAUAAAGGGAGGCACAGUUCAGAAAGUACAGUACGUAUAUCGGAGUCCGUAGUAAGUCGUCAUGAGAGAAAUCAUUCAUAUCCAAGCGGGACAAUGUGGAAAUCAAAUCGGCUCCAAAUUCUGGGAGGUGAUUUCGGAUGAGCAUGGGAUAGAUCCUACUGGAUUGUACAAAGGGGAAUCGGACCUUCAGUUAGAACGAAUCGAUGUGUACUUUAAUGAGGCACAGGGGGCUCACUAUGUGCCGCGGGCAGUUUUGGUCGAUUUGGAACCUGGUACAAUGGACUCCAUACGGUCGGGCGCAUACGGAAAAAUAUUCCGUCCCGACAAUUUCGUGUUUGGUCAGAGUGGCGCGGGAAACAUAUGGGCCAAAGGACACUACACAGAAGGGGCAGAGCUUGUCGAAGAGGUGAUUGACGUCAUUCGGAAGGAGGCUGAGAACUGUGAUUGUCUGCAGGGGUUCCAGUUGACUCACUCCUUGGGAGGUGGUACCGGAUCCGGAAUGGGCACCCUCAUCAUUUCCAAAGUCCGAGAAGAGUAUCCCGACCGGAUUAUGAGUACCUAUUCUGUCAUGCCAUCACCAAAGGUAUCUGAAGUUGUAGUGGAACCCUACAAUGCUGUAUUGUCUACACAUCAAUUGGUGGAAAACACUGACGAAACGUUCUGUAUUGACAAUGAGGCGCUUUACGACAUCUGCUUCCGUACGCUCAAACUAACCAACCCUACCUACAGUGACUUAAACCACCUCGUAUGUACCACGAUGUCCGGCGUCACCACGUGUCUUAGAUUCCCUGGUCAACUGAACGCCGAUCUCCGUAAGCUAGCAGUAAACAUGGUACCCUUUCCACGUCUACAUUUCUUCAUGCCUGGAUUCGCACCUUUGACAUCUUACAGGAGUUUGCAAUACCGAAACCUUACUGUAGCCGAGUUAACGAAUCAAAUCUUCGACGCUCGCAACAUGAUGGCGGCGUGCGAUCCCCGUAAUGGGCGCUACCUGACGGUCGCGGCCUUUUUCCGGGGACGAAUGUCAAUGAAAGAGGUAGAAGAGCAAAUGCUCAAUGUUCAAAACAAGAACUCUGGACAUUUUGUGGAGUGGAUUCCCUGUAACGUAAAGACUGCUGUAUGUGACGUACCACCGAAGGAUCUCAAAAUGGCCGCAACGUUUGUCGGCAACAGCACCGCAAUCCAGGAGAUCUUCAAGCGUGUAUCCGAACAGUUCACGGUAAUGUUCAGGCGUAAGGCUUUCCUGCACUGGUUCACCGGCGAAGGCAUGGACGAACUGGAAUUCACGGAAGCUGAGUCUAACAUGAAUGAUUUGGUAUCGGAAUAUCAACAGUACCAGGACGCUACUAUAGACGAUGACGACGAACGCCAGUACGAGGAGGAAGAGGAUGAGGAGGAACCUGAUCAUGACGAGCAAGCAUAGGUCAUCUGUUAAAUGUCGAUUACAAUUGAGACUUUGAAAACACACCUAGUAAUUCAAAGAGAACUAUGUUUUGUGAAAACUUUGAAACUACACCCUUUCAAAGAGAACCGUGUUUUAUGAAAACUUUGAAUCCGCACCCUUUCACUUCAAGAGAACUGUGUUUUAUGAAAACUUUGAAUCCGCAUUCUUUCACUUUUAAAAAAGAGAACUGUGUUUUAUGAAAACUUUGAAACCACACCCUUUCAAAGAGAACCGUGUUUUAUGAAAACUUUGACACCGCACCCUUACACUCAAAGAGAACUGUGCUUUAUGAAAACUGAAUCCGCACCCUUACACUCAAAGAGAACUGUGCUUUAUGAAAACUUUGAAUCCGCACGCUUUCACUUAAAGAGAACUGUGUUUUAUGAAAACUUUGAAACCACACCCUUUCAAAGAGAGUCGUGUUUUACGAAAAGUUUGACACCGCGACCUUUCUCUCAAAGAGUACUGUGUUUUAUGAACACUUUGACACCGCACCCUUUCACUUCAAGAGAACUGUGUUUUAUGAAAACUUUGAAUCCGCACCCUUUUACUCAAAGAGAACCGUGUUUUAUGAAAACUUUGAAUCCGCACGCUUCCACUCAAAAAGAACUGUGCUUUAUGAAAACUGAAUCCGCACCCUUUCACUCUGAAAGAAAAAUGUGUUUUAUGACAACUUUAUAUCAGCACCCUUUCACUCAAAUAGAACUGUGCUUUAUGAAAACUGAAUCCGCACCCUUUCACUCUGAAAGAAAAAUGUGUUUUAUGACAACUUUAAAUCCGCACCCUUUCACUCAAAUAGAACUGUUUUUCAUACCAUGAAGACUUUGAUACAACCAUCCGUUCCUUUGAGGCAUUUUUUGUCGAAUUAUGAAAAUCGAAAUAUUAUCAAAAAUAGAACAUGUCUUAAAGACAUUUGAAAAUGUCAUUAUUAAUAACUUGGCUGAGUGUUAUUUAUAUAUAUUACUGAAGAUUUCAGACGAAUAAUCCUCUACAAUCUGUCUUUUGUAGAAUCUAAGAGACCUGGACCUAAAUUUGCUGUUCUAUUCUAGAUGAAUUAAAGCGUUUGAUUUAC